AUGCGCUUCCUCACCUGGAACCUCCGCUACGACUCGCUUGCCGACACCAUUCCGCUCACCGACAGUGUCUCCUCGCUUCCCGCUUCGCUUCCCGCAGACGAGAGCGUAAGCUUUUACAGCUCGCCACACGAAGUGCCCUGGUCGACGCGUCGCAUCGACGUCGCCCGCGAGGUACUGUUCCACGCGGCGGUUAUCGUCGGUUUUCAGGAAGCGCUGGUACGGCAGGUGGGGGAUCUCGCUCAGCUACUGGGUAACGGCUUCAGCUGGAUUGGCUCAGGACGCGAGGAUGGCGGAACAACCGGAGAGUAUGAGGCGAUUUUUUACCGGAAUGAUCUCGUGCAGUUGGACUCGUGGGAUACGAUGUGGCUAUCCGAAACACCAUUCACACCGAGCAAGUUCCCCGGGGCGGGGAGUACACGCACCGCCACGUACGCGAGGAUGAGGAUGAAGGAUAGCGGUAGUUCGUUUACGGUCGUGUGUACGCACUGGGACGAGCAAUCGGAUCCGCAACGGCAGCUUUCCGCGUCGCUUCUCGUCCGUCUGGGCGCAUCGAGUCUCCCGUACGGCCCGGUCUUCGUUCUCGGCGACUUCAACUCCCCUUCCACCGGCUCCGACUGCACUGGCUACAGGAUCAUGACCGGCUUGCUUCCACCCGUCGCUGUUCCUUCGUCCUUCGCCGAUCGGUUUCCCGUCCGUGACACUGACGCGGAAUUCGUCUUCACCGACGUCGCGCAGGUAACUCCGCCGUUGGGAAGGAGUGGACAUCAUGGUACGUUCACGGGGUUCGAAGAGCAUGCCCAGAUGGACCUCAAAAGGAUCGACUUUGUUAUGGCGGGAGGCAAGGGGUGGGAGCCGCUGAGAUACCGUGUGGGGGAGAAUUGGCAUGAUAAUUCAGCGGUGGCGAGCGAUCACAGGCCCGUUUUUGUGGAUGUUAUAUUGAGCAGCGCCAAUUGA